AGCGGUAACCUUUAAAAAUGAAAGGUUAUGGGAUGAAGGGUUGCAAUGUCUUUGAAGGUAAUGUAUUAUUUGUUACCCUACCAACUGCUUUUUCUAUUCCAAAUUAUUCUGUUGGUGGCUAUUAUCAACAAAGAGCUUUACAUUGAUAAUUUAUGUAAUGCAUAAAAGUCAAAGUGGCAAUGUGUCUCAUUUAUUUGAAACUUAAAUUCAUUCAUAAAACCUCAGAAAUGGAUAUGGUGACCAUUUAACGUCUUGCAGUGAAUGAGUGAAUGAUGUAGACUAUUUCAGGAGCGCAACAACAAAGGCGAUCUUUGCUCUGUUCAAAUCAUUAUGUAGCCUAUUCAAUCCAGUGUAAGAGGCAUUAAUCUGCAGACAGACUACAGUUCCGAUCCAGAAGGGUUUAAAUAUGCUUGACAAGUCCCAACAAGCUUUUGUCAGUCUUCUGCUUUUGCCUUUGUGCCCUUUAAAGGAAACAGGAAAUUGUGAUGGUCGUCAUUAAAUAUUUAUGGCCAAACACUUGCGUGAUGCAAAAAAACCUGUUGCUCGAGGUCAAAUAAUCAACAGAAUGUAGUGCUUACAACAAAACAAGAGAGGCAACCCUCAGGGUUAGCCAGGUAACUCGUUAAGAGAUGGAGUUAAGAUAAGAUUAAAAUUUCACACCCAUUAAUUGUCUUCCUUUUCGAAAACAAAACGGGUUGUGUGGCCUAUUCCCACGCGACCCCCACUCUCCGCCUUUUCUGUCCCUCUGCCAAAAAAUGUGAAACGCAAUCCGAGCACCCGGUUACAGAGAGGAGUUAUUUUAAAACUUAAAACUCAGCUACCUCCGAGGGAAGGAUCAUGGAAGACACAGCACAUGGACUGAGCAGAGAGAGGGAUUAAGCCUUGUUGUGCUACAUACGGCUACAGACAGUAAAAUGAGCGAACGGAUUCUAUUGAUGAUCCUCCCUUGUUUAAGGUCUAUUGUUCUGUCGCCAGUCGCGCGUCUUCAAUGUCGCUGCCAGUAGUCCUGCCAGGAUCUUGUUGUCGUGUUAGCAGGGUCUCGCUUGCCCCUCCGCUGGGGGAUCCAUCUUACAGAAGCCGCAGAGGCUGCAUUCCCACCCCUGGAUCUCGUAUGCCUGGAUCUCAGUCGCGGCUCAUUCCGGCGCUGCUACCCGGUCGCCCGCUGCUCUCACUGGGAUUGCUGCAGUUGGCUCUCGGCUGCUCCAUGGUGGCGCUCUCCUUCGGAGCUCUGUCCAUCAGCAACUCGCCUCCCGUUCGGAAUUCAUGCCCGUUCUGGGCAGGCUCAUCAGUCAUCCUCUCAGGGAUCAUAGGCCUCACAACAUGGAGACGACCAAUGCUCCUUUUGGUGAACCUGUUCAUCCUGCUGUCUGUGGUGUGUGUCCUACUCAACCUGGCUGGAUUCAUCCUAUGCUGUCAGGGAGCACAGCUGGUUUCCACCAUGACGAACUGCCAGCUGAGUGAGCUUGGUGACAUCUGCAACUGUUGCGCUGAAACUCCCAGUACAAAGUGUGAAGAAGACAAAAUGCUGAAAAUGUACCCAGGCUACUCUUGCAACACCAUGCGGGUGCUCCUUAAGAAAGUGCUGUUUGCGCUGUGCGCUCUGAAUGCGGUGACGACGGCAGUGUGCCUGGUAGCCGCAGCACUCCGAUACCUCCAGAUCUUCAGUGCCAGGCGGCCUUGCAUGGAGGAGCCACGGUCCGCCGUGGAGGAGGCGGAAGAGCAGCCACGGCCGCCUGACCCAGACGAGUUUGUGCCCCCAGCGCCACCCCCCUCCUACUUCUCCACCUUCUACUCCUACACCCCGCGGCUGGCUCGCAGAAUGUUUGGUGACAGUGUGAUCCCCCUGCCCCACAUAUAUGGUGCACGGAUCAAAGGGGUCGAGGUCUUCUGUCCUCUAGAUCCUCCUCCACCAUACGAGGCAGUUCCCGGAGUAUCCAACCCCUCCCCUGCCCAGGAGACACAGAUCCAGAUGACCGAUCUGACCGAUCUGACCGAACUGACCGAAGUGACCGAUGGACUGACUGACCAAUCAGAAGCAGCAACGUCCAUCACUGACAGCUGCCUGCAGACGGUGACCUCCUCAGCAGCGGAGGCUCCGGCAGCAACCGGGACUGGCAGGAGAACCCAGAAGCGGCAGCUCCGCAGGUCCAACAGUGACCCAGUGUUCCUGGACCUGGUUGCUAAAGUUUUGAGCUGCGAGGCGGCCACCCAAACAGACACAAGGACGGCCACUGACCAGGCCACUGUGACGCUGCGGCGGGGGAGGGUACCGCGGCGGCCCCGGCCCACCUCCAUGGUGGACUACCAGAGCUACCGGGACACCAAGCUGCUGGUGGCGCGCUUCCUGGAGCACUCGUCCUCCUGGAGCAGCCUGGAGCCCGAGGUGCAGGAGCUGGUCGACAGCAUCAAGAGCAUGCUGCGCUCCGACGAGGAGCACAUGGAGGAGGCGGUGCGCUGCGCCAGCAUCAUAGACCAGGUCAUCACAGGGUCAGAGGUCACCACCUCGCAGCCUGCCCCGGUACUCCAACCAGCUGCACUAGCGGUCACCCCGGCGCCGGAGCCCUUGGCACAGACGCUCCCGCGCAGAAAGCGUCCGGGCCUGCUGCACCUGCGCAGCUGCGGGGACCUGAGCACCUUCACCUGGGUCGAGCUGCAGCUGGGGGCGGGCACGGGCACGGGGGAGCGCAGGCACGGGUCUCGCACUGCCAGCUCGCGACUGGGCUCCCGGGCGGGGAGCUCCCGACUUGGGGAGCAUGACAGGCCGCACAGCCUGAUCGGGGUGUUCAGGGAGACCGUGCUGUGAGUGGCACCACCACCUGACACCAACCAGAUCCCAACCCAUCCAAACGCUACCCACCCCAUGGCCUAUCUUGACCUUUCACCCUCAUGACUGUUCUUGCCCCAUGCCCACAAGACAGUUUUGUACUUAAAAGACUCACAUCUGAUGAGGGCAGAUGUGUCCUCUGAGACAAUUAAGUUUUGGGAGGUUUUUGUGAAGUUUGACUAUGUGUUUUUAUUUCAUUCUGUAUUUCGUAGCUUUGGUUCAUCUUGCGUCCCUUUUCCCAAUUGAUUUAGAUUUGAAAUAAAAGGGACGUCGGAAAACAUUUGAGCUUUUGAUCUUUUCUCUUCCCUCAAUCAGACAGACAUACAGGCAUGUAACACUGGAUAACAAACAGGCACACCGUUGUUAUCUACUCAGAGCUAUGAUGUUCGUUGACCAAGUCAGUGCCUUUUUACUACUGUCUCUGUAUAGUGCCCUUGGCAUGUGCUGCCAUGUAUACCUACUGUAAGUGCAUUUUGUCACGUAUGAAGGAUUUGCUUGCCACAUCAAGAGCUCCUGUUAAUAAAGUAAGUGUCGCAAAAGAA